UUCACCUGGUCCUCUGCUGAGUGAGCGCAGCGCUACAUGGAACCUACCAAGCUAGAAGACUUGCUGCGGGGAAACUCCUAGACUUUUCGCAAACUCUAGGGUGCUUGGAAGCGUCAUAAUCACCGCCCCCAAGUCUAAUCUGCCUUCCCGCUGCACUAACCCAGCAGUGAUGUGGAGGUGGAGACCCACAGGAGCCCCGGACUUCACCUGAGCUACCUCAGCAGUCACCAAGAGUGGCAAGAGAAGGAGGAAGGCCCUGAGUUGGAGGGGGCCAGAAUGCCUGACCGGGACAGCUAUGCCAAUGGUACCGGCAGCAGCGGUGGAGGCCCUGGAGGUGGUAGCAGUGAGGAGGCCACUGGAGCAGCAGCAGGCACUGGUGGGGCCAGCUCAGAUGCCAUCUGUAGAGACUUCCUGAGGAAUGUGUGCAAGAGAGGAAAGCGUUGUCGAUAUCGCCACCCAGACAUGAGUGAGGUAUCCAACUUAGGGGUAAGCAAAAAUGAAUUCAUCUUCUGCCAUGACUUCCAGAACAAAGAGUGUAGCCGCCCAAACUGCCGUUUCAUUCAUGGUUCCAAGGAGGAUGAGGAUGGCUAUAAGAAGACGGGAGAGCUUCCACCUCGGCUGAGGCAGAAAGUAGCUGCUGGCCUGGGGCUUUCACCGGCUGACCUACCAAAUGGCAAGGAGGAGGUUCCUAUCUGCCGUGACUUUCUCAAGGGUGACUGUCAGAGAGGAGCCAAGUGCAAGUUCCGUCAUCUGCAAAGGGAUUUUGAGUUUGAUGCUCGGGGUGGGGGAGGUACCGGUGGUGGAGGCUCAACAGGCUCAGUGCCCCCAGGACGACGCCAUGAUCUCUAUGAUAUCUAUGACCUACCUGACAGGGGCUUUGAGGACCAUGAGCCAGGGCCCAAGCGCCGGAGAGGUGGAUGCUGCCCUCCUGAUGGCCCCCAUUUUGAAUCAUAUGAAUAUAGUUUGGCUCCACCCCGAGGAGUAGAAUGCAGACUGCUAGAGGAGGAGAAUGCUAUGCUCAGGAAGCGUGUAGAAGAGCUAAAGAAGCAGGUCAGCAACCUGUUGGCUACUAAUGAGGUACUUCUGGAACAAAAUGCCCAGUUCCGCAAUCAGGCCAAGGUCAUGACCCUGAGUUCUACUGCACCAGCAACUGAGCAAACUCUGGCCCCCACUGUGGGCACUGUUGCCACUUUUAAUCAUGGCAUUGCCCAGACUCACACUACUCUCAGCAGCCAGGCUCUACAGCCUCGUCCUGUGUCCCAGCAAGAACUGGUGGCCCCCACUGGAGCUCCAGCUGCUCCCCCAACUAAUGCUGCACCUCCUGCUGCUCCACCACCCCCACCCCCACAUUUGAACCCAGAGAUCACACCACUGUCAGCUGCUCUGGCUCAAACAAUCGCCCAGGGAAUGGCACCACCACCUGUCUCCAUGGCUCCUGUGGCUGUAUCUGUGGCUCCUGUAGCUCCUGUGGCUGUAUCGAUGGCCCAACCCUUGGCAGGAAUCACAAUGAGCCACACUACCACUCCCAUGGUGACUUACCCCAUUGCUUCCCAGAGCAUGCGCAUCACAGCCAUGCCACAUUGAUGGGGCUAAUGGAUACUCCCCUGGUAUAGCCUCUCAGGGCUGGGUUUGAGGGGUCCUUACCUACCCCCCAAGCCCUCCCAGGCCCUGUCUGAAGGGCUCACUCAAGGACUAGGACAAGAGACUAUAAGGAGUAUGCUUCUGAGGAGCAUUUCCUGAGGUGGGGUUGGGUUGGUGUGUUCCAUCACCACCCUUUUAAAGGGGGUCUUCUUGUCCUUUAUUCAGGCCUCAAUCAAGUCGGGGCUUUCAUAGGAAUGCAGACUGAAACCAGUGAGAGGAAGGACUGACUAAGGGGAUAUGUCCUCUUACGGAAGUUGGGGACAUCCUUGAUUUUGUCCUCUUGUGAACAGCACAGGUCCUAGCACUGGUUUUGGAAGAAAAAAAAUCCCUACACAGAGGGAGAGCCAGGAAAGAAUUGGGAAGUGGGUGGCCAGGAGAGAAGGCCUCAUAGGAGACGAUUUGGGGCCCGGUUGGGUUAGAUAAUACAGGAACUACUGCUGGGCCCCUGAAAAGAUCGGGACCAUAGUAUUCCAGCUCAAAGACUAGGGGAGCCUUCAUAUAACCUAGCUUGGCCUGGAAAUCUGUAGGGCAGGGCCCACUACUUUCCAAAGAAAUAAAAGAGCAAUUAUUUUUAACAAA